UUUUUCUGGUUAUUUGUUUUAGGCUUACAACAUGUUGCAGCUCUGUGUUCUGGACUCGUGGAGGAAGGAGUGAAGUAGUCCCGCCCGCGUGUCUCCUUCUGGUGGAGUCUCGGCUGUGGAUUGGAGCGGAGACUUGUCGCCCGCCAGCGAACCGAGCCCCGGCCGCCCGCUGCUCUGACUCCACCCUGCCGGUAUGGAGGGAGAGAUGCAGCCCGCAGACGAAGGGCCCUGCGCCCCGAAGAUCAUGUGCCGACAACAACGGGGUCCGUACAGCACCCUGAAGCCCUUCCAGAGCAAGCGCUCGGCGGGGAAGUCGCGCUCUGAGCCUCGGUUUGGAGACGCCGGGCAUCCUUUCACAUUUCACCCCGAGCAGACGCAUCCUUUCCAGCAGCAGCAUCAACACCAUCAGCGGCUGCAGCAGCAGCGGCUCCAUCAAAGCAGCGUCGCUAUCAGCAGCAGUCAGCAGCAUCACCAGGCGCCCCGACAGCAGCAGCAGCAUCGUCUCCCUUGUGAGAGCAGGCCCAGCAGCAGGGUGCCGACAUCCACCUCAGCGGCGGCGGCGUCUCAGCAGCCGCGCGCCGRCAGCGGAGGAGCGGAGUCCCGCUUCUCUCCAGACUGCACCUACGGUAUCAGCACAGAGAACCGUCUCAUCCUGGACGCCUUCGCCCAGCAGUGCAGCAGAGUCCUCAACCUUCUUAACAACGGCCGUCUCCUGGAGACCCUGUCCUCCUCCCUCCCCUCCAGCAUCAAGCUGGAAGACAGGCGAGACGACAUUCAGGGGCUCCACUGCUCCUCACAGGGGAAACUGAAGUCUGAGGAGAGCUCCUUCACCACUGAAACCGAAGACGAGGCCCAACGUAGCCAUUUAAACCAGCAGCAGACCUCCGCAGUUCUCCGCAUCUUCACGGACUCCCUGCAGAACUACCUGCUUUUAGGGACCCGGCAACAGCACCAAACCGGGGGCCUCGAAGGAGAGCGGUGUCUGCCAGCAGAGCCCGCUUCGGGCAGGUCUCCAUCCAGGCACAACCUAGGAAGGUGGGGCUCCCCGGCGCCGUCCGAUUCGUACGGGCACCCUUCUUCCACGCUGCCCGAAGAGGAAGAGGAGGAAGAGAGCUGCUGUCCGCGGUGCCUGGAGCUGGAGCAGGAGGUGUUGUCCCUGCAGCAGGAGAACGAGGAGCUCCGCAACAAACUGGACAAUAUUCCAGUUCCCUGUCAAAAUGCUCUCGACUACUUCAAGACUGUUCUGGAGUUUCACAACCAGCUGGUCCAACCGAUGCCAGAGGAGCAGCUCAUGGAGGAGGAGGAACGGCAAACAGUCUUUGAGGGGAGCAAACAGCUGCUGGAGAACUAUCCGCUCUUCAUCUCCAACAAGCAGUGGGACGAAGCCGUCAACUCCUCGAAGAAAGACGGCCGCCGGCUGCUGCGCUACCUGAUCCGCUACAUCUUCACCACAGACGAGCUGAAAUUCUCCUGCGGUUUGGGUAAAAGGAAGCGCUCGGUGCACUCAGGAGAGCCAGGCCUGGAGAGGCGACCACUUAACCCCGUCAAAGUCAGCUGCCUCAGAGAGUUUAUCCGGAUGCACUGUGCCUCAAACCUAGACUGGUGGAUGCCUUCUGAGGAGCAGAUCAACAAAGUGUUCAGCGACGCCGUCGGCCACGCCCGUCAGGGCCGGGCGGUGGGGACCUUCCUGGGCAGCAGCGGCAGCAGCACCAGCAGCCUCUACAUGGACGGCUUUGAUGGACAUCCGUCGCAGGACGAGCUGUUCCUGAAAGGCUGCCAGAACGGUCAGCCAGACUGAAGCUGGAGGAGCAAACUAAAGACAAAYGCGUCAAAUGUAGCCGAACAACAACAACAUAUCCAGAAACACCGACUGUAUCCUGCCGUUGAGGAAAACAUUCCAGAAAAAGAGUUUAUUUUACAGAAUUUAACAGCAGUCCUCCAUUCUGAUAGUUUUGUAAAGUUUUUGUUGCACAUUUUUCUAUUAAAGGUUCAGUUUAGUUAAGAUUGACA